ACCUUGGAUCAUAUACGUAUCAGGUUUAAACCAUGGUAUAAUAUGAUUCUUUAUCAAUGGUAUAGAAUCUCCACUGAAUUUAUUAUCUAACAUAUUUUACAAACUACAGUCUACAAUGUACAAUACCAGUAAAACUGUUUAAUAAAACUUCAAUAUUAAAAAUUUAUUUCUAUGACUCAAAUACUCGAUUCACAAUUAGAAAAAUUUCAGUUCAAGCUAAGUUGUAGCUACUAGUACGAUUUAAGUUCGUUCUUUCAAGAAUCAAAAUUCAAUCAAUUUUAAAAAACCUAAAACACAAUUCAUUCCUUGGCAUUAACAAUUACCAACUACAAAAAAACUAAAUGAAAAAAUCAAAAAUGGUUAUUGGGAUCGUACACCAGAGGAAAAUUAUAGAUUAGAAAUGAUCAAAAAUAAUUUCAAUCCUGAUACAAAAAAUUUGAAGGAAAGAAAAGAAGAAAUUUUGUCGAAAAAUGAAGAUUUUGUACCAAUAAAGAUAUAAUUUUGUAUUUUCUUUUAGUUUAUUUGUUUAUUUGUAAUUAAUCAUAGUCUUUUUAAAAGUAUAAAUAUUAUAAUAAUUUUAAAAUGAAUUUAUUUUCUCAAUCGAAAUUAACAUUAAAAUUAAAAAAGCAAAAUAAUGACAAUACAUUAUCUACUGAUCCUGCAAAUAAAUCCCAAGAUUUAACACUAAGUAAUGCUGUAAAAUCAGAAAAACUAAAUAAUAGUAUAUUAUCAGAAAAUGAUAGUUUUGUAGAAAUAUUGCAUACCGUUCGUCCUCAGGAUGAAAAACUAACUUUGUCACAAAAUGUUUUUAAGACAUCUUCAGUUCAAAAUAUAUCUGAUGUCACUGAAAGUAAACAAUGUCCAGUUUGUUUACAAAUGAUUGAUAGCAAACAUUUUAUUAACCAUGUUAAAUCUUGUUACACAUCACAUAAUUUAUCAUCUGAAGUACUUAUGAAAGCUGUGGAUCUUCAAGAGCGUCUAGCAGCUGAAAGAGAAGCACUAGGACUACCUAAAUUAUCAAAAAAUAGAGAUGUAAAAAAAAAAAAGUAUAAUAAACAAACAAAGUUAAAGAUUGGGAGUGAUUCUAAUUUUGAUUUGGCUGUCGCUAUGUCUGUGUCUUUACAAGAGUCAAAAGAAGCAGAAAUUAUUAAAGAAUCUGAAAAUCUUUUAGAAGCGGGAUUAGAAACUGAGGCUAUAGAAAAAAGGAAAACACUGGAAAGCUUUGGUUUUGUUUCAAAUCAACCAAUUAAAUCUAAAUCUAAAAAUUUUUAUAAAACCAAUUCUUUGUUAUUCAAACAAACUCAAGAAGAUCGUCAGAAAAGAAUAACUGAAAAAGUAGCGAUGAUUCUUAUAGACUGUGAUACUGACACAUUAUCAUCAAAGACAUCUUUAAAUGAUUGCCCCAAUAUAAAAUUAAGAUCCAAAUAUUUAAAUAAAAUAAGAAAUGUUGAUAGUAAACUUUGGAAAAAAACAUUACUUGACGAAGAUAAUGUAUUUGAAUUUUAUGUGAAAAAUGUAUCAAAGUUUAUAAGCCCUAUUGAAAGCAAUGUUUUACAAAAUAAUAUUAUAGUUUCUACACAUCAAAAUACUAUAAAACAGGAAUCAAAUAUUACUAAUCAGAAAUUCAGCAAUACAUCACUUGUAGUUUUAGAUGAUUCAAAAGUUCAUAAUAAACAUUUUAUACAUCAUGACAUUGUUGGAAAUAAAACUAUACCAGAAUAUUCAUCUAAGUGGAAAUCAAUGUUGGGCAGUCAGUUUAUGAGUGACAUAACUAUAUUUUCCAAAGAUGAACAUGAAAUUCCUGCUCAUAUUUUAGUACUUCAUGUACAGUGCCCUGAUAUUUUGAAUGAUAUAAUUACAGAAGAAUCAAAUACACGUAAAUCAAAAAAAAUGUUAAUGUGGUCUGAAUAUACUUAUGAAGCAUGCAUGGCAUUCUUAGAACUAAUUUACUCUGGUCAUGAACAAUUUAUUAGUCCUGAAUACAGAGAUGAUUAUUUACAAUUAGUAACAAGGUAUAAUGUUCAAAUAAUUAUAAAUGAUGAUGAUGGAAAACAUGGAUGGUUUUCUGGAGAGCACAAGAAAGUAUUAAAACGUAAAAGCUCAGAAUCACACUCGAAUGAUAGUAAAAAAUUUAAAGCUCUUAGUCCAGAUAUGUUUAUGAUGGAUGAUAAAAGUGAAGAAAUGAGUAAUAAGAAUUUUAAUUUUUUAGGAACAACUGUGAAUGAUGAAAAAUCCUUGAGUGUGCUUAAGACAAAGCAGUGGUUAAAAAAUUGUAACCUAAGUCAACAUAACAAUUCAUCAUUCACAGAAAAUUCAGAUAUUAAUGUUCUACCACAAAUUAAUUCACCAUUAAACAGUCCAGUUCAUUCUUUUCAUAGUACAUCAACUGUAUGUAUUCCAUUAACACCUACAUCUAAUAAAAUUGAUUAUAUUAUGGAUUUUGAAAAUAAUGACCAAUACAUUAGCCCAUCAUUAGAUAUUAAAAGUGCAUCUCCCAAAUCAGUAUCAACUGACGAAUCAAGCGUUAAAGCUAUAUUAAUGUUGAAUAACAUCAAAAAUGUCCCUAAUAAUUUGAAAAAUCCUUCAAAUAAAAUUUCAACACCUACAAAUCCACGUAAAGAACCGGAAUUAAUUACAAUCGCCAGUGAUAGUGACAAUGAAUCAAUAGAUAUGGUAUUAUCUCGUUAUAAUAGUCCAUUGCGUGAUAGAAACAUUAAUCUAUUGAAUGAAAACAACUGUACACCUUUUUUAGCAAGUAUUAAUAAAAAUAAAAAUUAUAUUUCAAUUAACUCAGUUAAUAAAAAUAAUGAUAUAAGUGUUAUUGAUUUAAAUGAUAGUAGUUUAGAUUCAAUUCAUUCUGUUAGUACAAAUAAAUUACAUCAACAAAAUUGCAAUUUUAAUUUGAACAAGUCUGCUAUUUCAACACCAAGAACUAAGACAUUAAUAAAUAUUGAUAAUGAAGAGACCAUAGUUCCUGCUGUAAUAAGAUUCACAAAAAGUUCUAAUACUCAAAUGCCAUCUUUAAGUAACAAUAAUUUUAUAGACUUAAUAAAUGAUAGUAGUUCAGAUUCCAUUGUUACCAUUGAUAAGAUUAAAAAUAGUUCAAUAACAUCAUUGCUAUUGAAUAAUACUCAACAAAAUUUUAAAAAUUCUUCAACUUCCUUUUCAAAUGUACCGAGAAAGAUAAAUGUUGCAAUUGACAACAGUUUAACUACUCGAUUUGAAACCAAUAAUUGUGUAUCAAAUUCAUCACCAUUAAAUAAAGGUGAAACAUAUUCAAGUUUUUUAUUUCCAGCCAGUGAUGAAGAUAUGGAUAAUCCAAAAAUAAAUAAAGAAUUGUGUUCAACAAAUUUUUCAAACAAUGUAACUUUACCUGAAUGCAGUAAUUCAAAAUUAUUAUCUAAUGAAAAAUUAUUUAAAUAUAAUGAUACGUCAUCAAAAUUUUUAAACACUACAAGCUGUACAGAAAUCAAUAAUAUAGAGAACAAUGAUAAUACUGUUAAAAGUUUAAUAUAUUUUAAUGAGAAAAACGUGUUAGAAAAGCCUAAUUCAGAUUUUGAAUCGUUGGAAAAUAUUAUAUCAAAGAAAAAUGUAAUGUUACCUUCUAAUAAGGACUUUGUUGAUUUAUCAACGAUUUGUCCAUCAAACGAAUACCCACAUACUUCAUUUAAGUCUUAUAGUUCUCAAAUUGAAACUGCUCAACUACCAAUUACAUCUGAAAAAAUUACGUCAAAUGAAAAAGAUGAUGAGAAUAAUGAAUCAUCCUUUGAACAAAUAAUUAACGAUCCAUGGAUGGACUAUAAUGAUUGGCUACCGGUCAAUAUUAGUCCACAAAAUAUUUCUCCAGUUUUAUCAGAGAAAAAUUCUAUGAUUGUGGUAAAUGACUCUAAAGUAUUAACACCGCCCAACAAGAUGAUUAAUAUGGAUUUACAAACUUCUCCACCAACUAUUUCAAAUAAUAUUGAUAUUGUAAAUCAUCAAAUGAAGAAUGCAGUAACACCAAAUAAAUAUGGUAGUAGAAUUAGUACCCCAAAAAGUUUACGUAGAGUUCAAUCAGAAUCUGUAAUUAGAACUAAUGAACAAAUAACGCCUCUUCCAAAUUAUAGUACGAUGAAAACACCAGAUUUAAGAAAAGAAUUUGAUCGUUAUGGCCUCAAAGAUCUUGGAAGGCGAAAAGGAAAACUUAUAUUAAGGCAUAUUUAUAAUAUAACUCAUCCUAUGAAUGAUACUGAAGAAGUAAAAUGUAUUGAAGAGUCAGGACAGUAUUCUGAUUCUUCAAACAAUUCAGAACUUGAAAUUUCUUACUAUGAAGCUGGAGCUUAUCACGAAUUGGAAACUUUUAGUCAAACAAAUUUAUCAAAUAAAACUUCAGUAGAUAUGGGUUUUAAAGAUUUACUUAAAGUUAAUGAAGAACUUCAUAAAAAAAUUUUGUGUUAUGAACCUAUUUGGAUUGAAGAGCUGAAAGAAGAUUUAAAGCAGUGCAAUGUAAACAUUAGUAUGCAAAAACUCAUGACAUUUUUGGAUGAUAAAUGUGUGUCAUUUCGUUCAAAGUUAUUAAAUGAUCAGAGAAAAAAAUCAGUAACAAAAAAACAUACUAAACGAAAGAAAUUAUUUUAAUUUAUUGAAUGAUGACUAUGUUUUUAGAUAUUUCUUAUUUGUAUAAUAUUUGUGUGAAAAAAUAAUUGAUAUUUUAUAUUUAUUAGUUAUAAUAAAUAUAAUAUAAACAAAAUAUACCUAUUCAUUAAAAAUUAUUUUUAUUUCUGUGCAAGCUAAGUUGUCAUUCAUUUUUUGGAAGUUAUGAAAAAAAUUUAAUUUACUGUAUUUUUUUUUUUUUUUUUUUUAUCAAUAACUUAGGUAGGUAUUGUGAAAAGUUGUUGGUUAAAAUACAUAAAUACAUAUCUA